AAAAAACAUUGAAAUUUGUCAACAUGUCGGACAAGUUAGUAUUUGUGCAUUUUCCUUAUUUUCUGAUAAAUCUUUGUUGAAAUAAACCUCAUUGUUGAUUUUAAUUAUUCCUUAUAGAGUCGCAUAAUUUGUGUUGUAAGAAAUAUACUGAUUCCAAGUCACGAUUAUUGUUAUCUAUUAUUCCAUUGCGGCGUCACAUGGGAUUAAUUUCAUGAAUUAUCUUUGCAGUGAGGACUUGCUUGGAGAUGAUUUAGGUGAUCAUAGCCUUGCUGACUACAAUUUAGGCAACGAAGAAGAAGAACAGCUCUUAGCUGAUGAUUACGAGACCAAUUCUUCCCAAAAUGUUCCUACUUCAGUUGGACCAAGUUACGGCAAUGCAGAUAUGGUUUCUGCCGACUAUACGACUCAUUCUAUGGAGUAUAAUGCUCCGCAACCGACACCGUACCAGCAGAUUGCAGAAACAGAAUGUGUGGUACCCAACAUAACAGUUGAGGUUCCCAAUGCUCCACUGCCAGAGCAUUCGACGUACGCUCCAUACGAACCUCCCGUAUUUGAACCUGAACAUGCAGUAGUGCCCCCGGCUAUUCCCGCUGCCCCUCUGGAGUCACCGCAGAUAGUUCCCACAGAUGUGCCACUAUCAAAAGGUGAGAUGCCUCCAGCAAGGUUUCGUUGCGAGAGGACUCAGCGAGCACCCAUCGUUCGCGACAUACCCGACACACUAGACAAGGUCCUAAUCCGCGGCGGUCCCGGGGCCGGCAUGGGCCCUGGGCCUGGGCCGGGGCUCCCUUGGGGCCGGGGGCGGGCCACGUGGAGGAAUCCCCACUACCGGUACACGCACCCCUAUAGGCGGAACAACGCGCCAAGGGGAAACUUCAGUCAGCGACAUUCCUUUCCACCGCCACAGAUACGACCUAAUGCACCUCCGAUCAGACCGGAAUUACACCAUCCGGAUAUCCGGCCAGAAUUCCGGCCCGACAUCCGCCCGGAAAUGCGACCAGACAUGAGGCCUGACAUUAGGCCGGAUUUCCGCCCAGAUAUGCGAGAAAUGCGCCCGGAGAUGAGAGACAUGCGGCCGGAAAUGAGACCGGACUUCCGCCCUGAUAAUCGUCCAGAUAUAAGGCCUGAUAUACGCCCGGAAAUGAGACCAGGCCCGGAUAUUAGACCAGAUAUUCGCCCAGAAAUGCGUCCUCAUCCGGAACGUCCGGAUUUCCGUCAAGAACCAAUGCCGCAAAUGCCUCCCCAAAUGGGCCCGGAGAUUUCUCCCGAACGUCCGGAAAUGCAGUACCGGCCCGAGAAUCGAUUCGGUCCAAACGGACCGAGGCCGAAUUUCAGGCCGAACGUGGACGAAAGGCCUUUCGGGCCUCGUCCUGUUUAUUUUCCGAGACCCGGCUUUAAUCCUAGGCCUUUCGCUCCUCCUAUUAGGGAAAUUGUGCCAAACAACGUCAAUCAUAUGCCCCAAGUGACUAUAAGACAGCAAUUGCCUGUACCGGAUAAGUUUGGUCCGGGACCAAAUGACAAAUUUGGACCAGGCCCAAAGCCAAGAGAACAAGAAGUGAUAAUGUUGCCAGUACAAUUACCCCCUAAUCUACCACCCGGAGGACUAGCUGGCAAGAAAGUGCUGAUUAAUCCACACUUUAAAGGGAAUUUCCAGGCACCGGUCGAGGGGCUGCCAACAUACAUACCGACACGGAUUCAAAAGAGUCCACCCCUCAGCCCUACCCUGGAAAGCAAAUUCGGACCAGUGAAGGAUAUUGACGAUGCUGCAGAGAGAUUCAUAGCAGAACAAAGGAACGCACUCGCUCGAGCGGCCAAUAGAAAGUUACCUCCGCAGAGGUAUAUAGAAAACACGACCAUCGAGAUAGAGAAUGAUUUGGCCAGUACGCGACGAUCCGACAGCGAUCUAGAACUACUGAGAAGACAGGAGGAGUUCAUACAUGCCAAUAGAGCGGGACUGAGAAGAAGGAUGCGAUCUCCGUCGCCCGCUCGUCGCUCAGAGUCGCCGCGUCGCUCGCCCGAGCGGAGGCAUCGCCCCGAGCGACCCGAGCGACCCGAGCGGCCCGAGCGAACCGAGCGACCGCACGACGAGGACAGUGAAUACAGGCGUCGCUUAAGAGAACAAGAAACUAUGAGAGAAAGGGUAUUGAGAGCUAAAGAAGUGCGUCGCAGGAAGAAUGCCGUGGCUUUGCAGAAACAACUAGACGACAGAGAGCGUGAACGCCAAGAGAAAGCUAAAGAACCAAAAGAACCAUUCAGAACGGAAGAGAACAGAGUGAAACAGAAUGACAAACCAUCCAGUACUGACGACACCAAACCCGAUACUACAAGGAAAUCGCCAGAAAGAGAGGCAAGAGUAGAGAGGGAGAUAAAAACGGAGAAAAUAGUUAGAGAGGAGAGAGUAGAGAAGAUUAGAGAAAGGUCUCCGGUGAAAGAGGAAAAGGUGGAAGUUAAUUCCACUUGUGAAGGUCUAACUCCCCCACGUACGGAGGAACGAGCUCUAACUCCCCCGUUACCCGCUUCCGCUUCCGCCACCGCUAAUGUCGCAACCGCGGGGGAUUCCGACGACGAUCUAGACCUCAUUCUGGGCGAUAUUGAUGGAAUAUUAUCCGAUGACGAUGCGCCGCCACCGAAAUCGAACCCUCCCACGACGACUUCCAAUACAGACCUGCGCAGCAAAUUACCAAAAUCGAACCCAAGACCGCCGCGACAGAAGAUAGUCUUCCACGAAACUAAAGAAAAAACACCGCCGAGACGAGCUGUCGUAACGAGCUCCACUAAAACUGAAAACAACGAAAAGAAAAACGCCAAGGCAAAGCCUAAAGCCGAAGCUAACACAAACAAGUCUAGGCCCAGAAUUACAUUUGAUAACAAUAAGGAGGAAAAGCAGGAAACGGACGAUAACAGUCGCUCUUUCGCGAACCGUCGCGUGAUCCUCCAAAGGAAAACCACCACUGCAAAGGAGAAAUCCGUGUUUUCUCGCAUCGAAAUAAAAUCCGAUCCCACCAAACCGAACCCGGGUAUAUUCAGUAGGGCGGUACGGACCGCCAUAGGCGCGGAGAAUACUAGAAUAGUCGUCAAAAAGGAAGAGCCGCAAGUGGAAUACGCGGAGGAGGACUCCGCCUCCGACGGGGAGAGUGAGAGACAGAGGGAACGAGGCACCGUUGCCAUGGUAACGCAUUUGCCUCCAGCCAUUACUACGGCCAGACUGCAAGCCUUGGCGGGACCAAACGCGCAGAGUUUAAGUUUGGACAAGGAAGAGCGCAGCGCGAAGAUCACUUUCAAAUCUUCCGAUGCAGCCGAGAGUUUCAAGAAAAAGUUUAACAACAAAAUGGUGGCCGCCAGCAGACUCGUCGUCACGUUGCAUUAGGGAGAUGUUAUUCAAAAAUCUACCCUAUUGUCUUUGCUAUAAAGCACAGUUAGUGAAACUUAAGAUGUUAUUCAAAAAUUUACCCUAUUGUCUUUACGAUAAAGCACAGUUUGUGAAACUUUUUGUGUGUCAAAGAAAAUUCACCCUUUUCGUGUAGGUGAUAAGAUUACACGUUACAUGGAGCAAUAUAACUGUUACGGAUGUAGAUUUUACUAUAAUUUGCUAUAGAAUACAAUAUUCUAAUAAUAGUACUACAAAAGUAAGAUAAAACUUGAAUUAAAAGAUCUUUGUAAAGUUGCGCGAUUAGUUCUCAUCGACCACUUGUCAAAAGUACCCGCCAUUUUAAAUCUUAAUUCGCUCUUGUUAAUUUUAAAUUUUAAUCUUAUCUCGACCUUAAAUUGUAGUACUAAUACUGAUAUGACUUAGUUCAGUGCACUAAAAGCGUUAUUUAUAAUUACCAUAGAGUACAUGAUCGAUUGUAAAUGAUUUAUUCUUUACGCAACUCGCAACUUUUGAUUUGUCGUAAUCGUUAUAUAAAAUUGUGUACAUGGAUAAAUUUUAUGUCAAUGUAUUAACGCAUUUAACACAUUUAAAUGUACUUUAUUAUGCAAAUGUGUAUUAAAUAAAAUUAACAUUGCUGUAAAAAUGUUUUAUUGUUAGCAGUAAAAGUAAUUUCAACAAAAAACUUCGUGUUUAUUGCAUAAUAAUAGUUUGUCUUUUUUUGUAUCUGUAAUAUAAAACCAUUUGCCGAUGCAUGGCCGAUAUAAUUUCAUUAGAUGCUUGAACUAUGGCUAAGCCUUCAAGGCAAUACAAUAAAGGUACUGUUAGUAAAUUGUAACUUCUAUUUCUCUCGUUUGUACUAGGAAAAGAACAAUUUAUGAUCGAUUAAGGUGUGCCCAAAUACAACGCAGCAAAAGCUCAUAAUUCGUCCAAUCAGAACACCGCUUUUAAAUAGCAUCCGCGUCAUCAUUGGAUGAUGAUACUCUGCCGUGCUAUGAUUGGUCACGCCCUAAGAUUAACUGAAAUUUUAAUUCAAUAUUUUCUAUGAAGAUAAAAUAAUUAUUUAAGUGUUGAUUGACCCAACGUUUAGAGAUGCUCUGGAAGCAUUUAUAAUGUAAAGAUUAUUAGAGUACAUAAUAUUUUGUCACUGUUAGUGUUUGGAAAUAGACAGCGUACAGUUUUCAAAUAAUUUGUCUAUGAUCUUUGAUAUAGUUUAAAACGAUUUUUUAUAAGUAGCUAAGGUUUAAUCGUCAUUGUAUUUUUUCUAAUCCUAAAAUUACAACACGAUUAAAUUAUGUAUUAGUACAGGAAUUUAAAUUACCUUUAGAAAUAUCAGAGCUGUUUAUUAUGAUGGAAAACAUAUAAAUAUAUCCUAAAAAUACACUUUUAUUUUUGUUUUAGUUAGUGUAAGGUGAAAUUUCAAACGUAAUUUUAGUGCUUAAAGCUUAAUGCACUUUUGUCAAAUGAGGUGAAUUGCACUUGUUCACGUAGUUUUACAGAUAACAUAUUAAAACUGUUUGUUAAAAGUGAUGUAUAAGUCUUUAUUAUUAAAACAAAUACCUAUAUAUGAUGUCAUAAAAAUUGUUCACAAGACUAUAAAUGUUUGGGUCUGUAAUAUUGUUGCUCACUUUAAUUUUGACAACCAGGUGUCACCUUUUUUUAACUAUCAGUAUAGUUUAAAGAAACUACAUCUUUCUUACGAGUUACAGUUUUUAUUAAAAUAAGUAUAUUUUUUUGGCAAACUUUGUUCAUAUACUCCUUGUUUUUCACUAUAUAACGUAGAUUUUAUUGUGAUUUCUCAAAUAAAUGUUUUUUUUUUAUAUCAGUCAUAAUACCUACCUUGAUCAUGCGCGGUGCUCAACUCUUGUUGAAUUACGAAUAACUUUAUAAUAAACUGUCAUAUAAAACUGUUGGAUAGCAUCUCUAAUUAUGUUCCUAUAAGUUAAUUAAGUUCAGUAGAAUCAUGAAUGAGUAAUUCACAUAAACCAGUGGCUAUUUUAUUUUAACAAAAUAUAAGUGUCAGUGAUUUCAUCAUUUUUAGGUUUGUGUUGCCAUUAUACAAAAAUUGUUUCGGUUUUGUUUUUCUAUGCGGCACCGCGUGCUGAGGAAUGUUGAUUUGUAACUCUUCUUAUUAUCUUUAUUGUAAUUUGGUCUUUAUUAUUACUAGUGUUAAGUGCUUAAUGUUUGAAUACUUCUAUUCGAAGUAGGACAACAUAGAUGCGAAGAAAAUUUAUUGAUAAAUAAAAACAUAUGUAUAUCGAAACGUUGCAUUUGAUUUCUGUUGUUGUUUUUUUUUAACUCUUUUUUUGCAUUUUUUUUAGUCAAGUAGUCGCGUUUCUAAAUAUGUGGUUAUGCACUAGAUUAGAAUUAAACAUAAUGUUAAUUUAAAUGAGGCUACAGAAGCUUUUAAUAAAACAUAUAUUAACAGAUAUGAAACUCGAUAAAAACACUAAAUCGAGUUUCAAGUCUGUUUAAAAUGUGUUUUAUUCAAUUAUUCUCUUGUUCUUGUUCCGUGAACAGAAUAUAAGAUGUUUCUUUAAUCGUCUACAUGUUGCAUACGCACUUCUGUCUUAACCACUGCACCUAACUUUGUUUGAUCCAAAAAAGUUGUAUUAAUUUUCUAUGAUAUUUUUUGAUAUCUAUUUAAACAAACGUAACACUAACAAUAUUUAUACUUAAACGGGAAUUCCUAAAAAUUCCCUGUACAUGUAUUGUUAUCGUUUUGAAAAGAAACAAGCAAUUGACUUAACAGCAUUUAUGAAAAGUUUUGAAUCACUCAACGUAUCUUGUCGACGCAAGAGCACAUUUUCUGUCACUUAUCUGAACAAUGUCUGUGAAAUGCAACGUAGACUUGUUGCAAUGUUGCGUUGUGCAAACUAAGCUGAGUGGAUCAACUUUAGGUCAUUUAUUUCUAAAAAAAUUCAGCAGAAAAAGUCUCGUUUCCUAUUAAGGAAACAUUGCCAAUUAGGGAUUGAUUUAUCAUUAAUUCAAACUUCUAUAAAGCUACAAAAAUUAAAGGAUGUAUUGUCAUACCAACAAGAUGUGAAAUUUAUUAUUUUUGUUACGCAGUCAUCGAAUCUAUGUACUCGCAGAUCUCAAAUAAAUUAAAUUUCAGGAUUAUGUGUUUUAAUUUUACUUAAAUUAGAAAACCCAUAUUAUUUAUUGUGUAACCCAAUGAUUGUAGUGUAAGUAAAUUGUUCAAAGAACAGAAUAACAACAAUUAGUUCAUAUUAUUUUACCUGUGAUUAUCGUUAAUAAUGUUGCCAUGCCAAAAAAAUAUUUUUUGUAUGCCAACUUUUGAAAGACUGAGAAAUAAAUAAAAACAUUUUUUUUAUCGAUAAAGUCUUUUAUUCCACUGGUCCACGUUCCUUAAACCUAUUCACAUUAUCAAAUAUAUAUGCAUGUUUAUAAGGUAAAAGGUAACAUUUACACGUAAAAAAAUAUAUGAAAAAAAUAAGGCCUCUUUCACAUAACAAUUUUUAAGUACAAAAUAAAUAACAAGAAUACACUAUAACUACUUGUUCAUGUUACUUAUAUUUUUAGUCUUAAGUGUGUCUUAUUUGACUUGCUCGAUUUUUUAUCUAAAGUUUUUUUACUUGUCACUAAUAAAAAAUCUUUGGAUAGUUUCAUAAAAUAAUAAUCUGUAACCUCUUUAUCCACAACCACAAAUUAAUGUUUGACUAAGAUUAAUUGCAACAAAUCGGUUAGCAAAAUUAUUCGGUAAUAAUUAAGUACAAUCUUUCAAAUAAGUUAAAGGAUAUGCACACAUUGAGCAAUAGAGGAUUUGAUCGAAUUCUUAAGAAAGUGUGACUGGCAAUGAAACCCGAAAUAAAAAUAUAUUUUCAGAAAGAAAAGGAUUUUUUUAGACUAGAAAAGUCAGAAGUAAAAUUUGUUAAUAAUACUGAUUUAACAUUUAUAAAAACAUUAUAAGAUGUUCAACGACUACUUUUGACACACAGGAAAAAUAAUAGGCUUUAUCUCUGUCACUCUGUAGGUCCGUAUAAAAUUCUUUUAAAUCUUACAACAUACUAUAAAAUAAGUCUCUUAUUUGACUUGUAAAUUGACGUAAUCAGGGCCGCAUUAAAGGGAGGCUCAACAACAGAUAAAAAAGUAAUUAAAUUUCGUCGGGUCCGCCAUACGUCUAAUUAUAAUUACGACCGUCCCGCACUCAAAACAUCAGCUGGUAAAGGCUACAGCUACGAGGUAUUGAUGUCGAUUCCGGGAUAUUGUAAACACCCGUCUCUCGUUUUCAUAGAGAAUUAUGCCAGAAUCGACACCAUUGACAGUAUUAGUUCGAAAGUAACUGAAAAGUUAUGAAAGGAAGAAAAAGAUGGCAGUAAAUUUUAAUAAAGUCGAACCACGAUAACUCUGCAGCGUCAAUAAUCUGGUCACACCAAGAAAACUAUCUGGCAGUCCUUUUAUGACGUCAUUAAAAAUGUCAUCCAAGAAUCUUUUAAUUUGAAGAACAUUUUUUGAUUUUUUUUGUUUGUGGGGUAAAUAGAAGAGAGAAAAUUGGAUUCGGACAAAUAAAGUCGGUUUUUGGGAAAAAAAGAGCAAUGUUUUGCAGAAAUCCUAACCUCAACGAGUAAGUUUGGACUAAGUUCUUGAUACUAGUUUGUUAGGGCUCCGUUUUUACUAUUUGAGUCGGCCCAUAAAUGUGCAAUCAACAAUAUUUUAAUAAUUAAGAACCUUCUCCUUCUUAAGACGGUUAAUAAUAAAGUUUUAAAUAAAAUAAAUUUAACUAAUAUCAGUACUACAAUGUGCAGUUUUAAUUUUUUCUACUGCCAACCCACUGCUGACUUAUCGUGGUCUGACUUUACUUCUCAAACUGAACUCAAGAAAUUUGUCUUUGAUUAUAUAAACGCUCAAAUAGAGUAAUCCAAAGAAAACGGCUCAUGUUACGCGCAAUGUGUGCGCGGCUCUAAUGUUAGAAUGUUUUAAAGCAUUCAAUCAAUGUGUGCGUGCGUAUCUACCAUAUUUAGUAGAUAUUUUUUGGGCCGCUUCAGUGCGGUUCUGCUAGCGAUAUCUAGGCGUGUAUUCAAUCAAAGACUAGACAAGAUUUUGUCUUAUAUUAUUGCUAUCGAAAGAACAUAGUAACUUAACUAAUUAGCUAACUUAAUUUUUUAAUUAGUUUAGUUAACUUUAUUAAUUUAAGUGAUUGAGUGCGGGAAUUAAAGCUAAAUUCUGCCUACAUCUCACUUCCGUUAAAAUACAUAGUUGUGCCUGAAACUAAUAAAGCUAGCUAUGUUGAAGUACUUCGGUGCUGACGCUAGUAAAUUCGUGUAUUCUGUCGUAAAUGCUUCUGGAUGAUGGAUCAGAUGAGAAUGUAGAGACACGUCUAGAAGUGGGCCAGACUGUAUGGAGACUGGGGCC